CUGUAGGGAAGUGCGUCAGAGGAGGCGCGGGGAGAGUAGGGUGCUGUGGUCUCUGUUGAAGGGUGAAGCUGGCGGAGCAAGAGGAUGGGCGUAUGCAGGUGAUAGACUAGAGAACAAGACUUCUGUCUCCGUAGCAUCCUGGAGCAGUCUGAAUGCCAGAAUGGAUAACCGUUUUGCUACAGCGUUUGUAAUUGCUUGUGUGCUUAGCCUCAUUUCCACCAUCUACAUGGCAGCCUCAAUUGGCACGGACUUUUGGUAUGAAUAUCGAAGUCCAGUUCAAGAAAAUUCAAGUGAUUUGAAUAAAAGCCUCUGGGAAGACUUCAUUAAUGAUGAGGCAGAUGAAAAGACUUAUAAUGAUGCGCUUUUCCGAUAUAGUGGCACAGUAGGAUUAUGGAGACGGUGUAUCACUGUACCCAAAAACACACAUUGGUAUGCUCCACCAGAAAGGACAGAGUCAUUUGAUGUGGUGACAAAAUGCAUGAGUUUCACAUUAAAUGAGCAGUUCAUGGAGAAAUUUGUUGAUCCUGGAAACCACAAUAGUGGAAUUGAUCUACUUCGGACCUAUCUUUGGCGGUGUCAGUUCCUUUUACCUUUUGUUAGUUUAGGUUUGAUGUGCUUUGGAGCUUUGAUUGGACUUUGUGCUUGUAUAUGCCGAAGCUUGUAUCCCACAAUUGCCACAGGCAUUCUCCAUCUCCUUGCAGGUUUGUGUACACUGGGCACAGUAAGUUGUUUCGUUGCUGGAAUUAAACUACUCCACCAGAAACUAGAGCCGCCUGAGAAUGUGUCUGGUGAAUUUGGAUGGUCAUUCUGCCUGGCUUGCGUUUCUGCUCCUUUACAGUUCAUGGCUUCUGCUCUGUUCAUCUGGGCUGCUCACACCAACCGGAAAGAGUACACCUUAAUGAAGGCAUAUCGCGUGGCAUGAACAGGCCUGCUUUACAUUUGCUGUUUUAAUAUUUUUGAUAUCUAUGUUUUCCCUUGCAUCCCUCCCAAAUGUUUUAUUUUUUAUUUUUUUGUGGAUAUACCAUUUUAUCCUGAAAAUCCAUUUUAUUUAAAUACACACACAUGACUAAAUAUACAAUAAAUGCCACUAAAAUUUA